GUCUCGGGACCAGUGCUGCAUACACUCAUGGGGGGGUCAUCGAUUCAUGCGUUAUGAUCUUGGAGAGGAAAAGGCAGCAAUCGUUUCAUACAGUUUUUCAUCGUCGUUCAAUCACUUGUUUACUUACGAUUUAUUGUAUAGUAAUUCAGUCAGAAAUUGACAUUAAACUGCGUAAUGAACUACAGAACAAGAGUUAAAAUGCCAUUGUUUUCCACGGAGACACGAAGCGCCCUUCACCAGCACCGGUUCAUUCAUCUCAUUCUUUUGGCGUGUUUGUGCGCGUGCUCGUGUGUUUUAGUACACGCUUUUAGUUGUCUGUGACAAACAGUGCUGCGAUGUGCCCCGGAGGAGCGGCGCCGUAUACCCCUGUGAAGGGUUAAACGGCCUUCCUGUCACACUUCUGGAAGUGAAGGUUAGUUAUUGUGGUGCAGUGUGGAGGAAGGCGCCUGGAGCCAGCGAACUUCAGUCUCACUCCGCUCCAGCUCGAAUGGUAACGAUGCCUUUUUCUUGGAGGAGUGCGUCGCGGUCGAAUUUGACGGAGAUGAAUUUAGUUUCAAAAAUAAGAGGAAAUUUUGGGACACGCCACGCUUGAACCAAAAACGCAAUGGAGAGUCUGAGCGAAAACCCAACCAAGGCUGCGGAGUAUUUGAAUGAGCUCAACAGAAUAAUAGAGACGCAGCAAGUGUUGAUGGAAAAGCAAAAGAUUCGUAUUGAAGAGCUUGAGCAGCAAGUUGCAGAUCUGUACAGCGAAAACGCCUUCCUUAGAGACGAAUAUCGGCGCCACAUGCUCACCUGCAGCCUCCAGCAGAAUAACAGCCUCGCCGCUUUAGGAUCCAUUCAAGAAAACAUCUUUCACUCAAAAUCCGAUUAUGACGGCUCGAGGAUUGUCAGGAGACAUGCAUCUCUUCCUGUGGAAGCUUCAGAAAACCCUGCCAGUUUUGUGUCCCCCAUUUGCAGACGGACAGUCCCCUGUCAUCCAUGGAAGUCCUUUGGUGUGGAGGGGGAGGUUCAGAGUACUGAGCCAACUCCGUCCCUGGACCGGGGCCCAGGCUACGGUCCCCUAAGCCCUGGCUCCUCGCUCAGCCCCGAGGGUGCGGGGUACGGCCCGACGGCGCUGCCCGGGCCCCAGCGGCCACGCCGGCCCAAACUCCAGCACUCCCAGUCCAUCCUCCGCAAGCAAGCCGAGGAAGAGGCCAUCAAACGCUCACGCUCCCUCUCCGAGAGCUAUGAGCUCUCCACGGACCUCCAGGACAAGCAGGUGGAGAUGCUAGAGAGGAAAUAUGGCGGGCGUUUCAUUAGCAGACAUGCUGCUCGCACCAUCCAGACAGCGUUCCGCCAGUACCAGAUGAACAAGAACUUUGAACGUCUCAGGAGUUCCAUGUCAGAGAACCGCAUGUCACGGCGGAUUGUUCUGUCCAACAUGAGGAUGCAGUGUUCCUUUGAGGGGCCCGAGAAGGGCCAUGGCUCAUUUCUGGAGGGCCAGCAAAUGUCUGUGUCUGACGAGGGGAGUCAGGUGGGAGCUGUGGUGCAGGCCGAGCGGGGGGAAGUGGCCCCUGCGUGCUCACUUCCGCCCUCAGCUCCCAGCGACCUCAGCGACACCAUUACAGAGCUGGAGGACGCCUUCUCUAGGCAAGUGAAGUCAUUGGCAGAGUCAAUCGAUGACGCCCUGAACUGUCGCAGCCUGCACGAAGUGGAGGAGGACCAGCACGAGCAGGUCCAGGACAUGCAGGCCCAGCUUGCGUAUGAGUUGAACCCAGCUCACGGGGCUAGCCAGCACAAGAUGGACAAUAUGAUGGCUUCAUACAGUGACGUGACGCUCUUCAUCGAUGAGGAGGACCUCUCGCUCCCCAUCCGGUUUGCGCGCUCAGCCGACCCACCGUCCGGCACUGAGUUGGACCAGCAGUCUCAGUCUGUGGUCUCCUCCCAGGAGUACUGGCGCAUGGACCUGAAGGACGACAAAGCAGACACGGACACGAGCUGCCGGAGCACACCGUCUCUGGAGGUCCAGGAGCCCAGGCUGCAUCUGGAACACCUCCCUCUUCUGACCAUUGAGCCGCCAAGCGACAGCGACCGCUCUGAGAUUGACUCGCUGAAGCAGCAGAAUCUCUACGAGCGAAGCGUGGCCGGACCGCAAGCCAGUCCCAAGCACGUGGCUCACAGCCUGCCUCCCCGAGGACCCCCCUUCUCCCGGGACAAGGAGCCCAUCCGACACAGGCACCGGCAGCUGGAGAGCCAUCUGGCUAUCAACGGGAAUCGACAGAGCAAAUCAGAGUCGGACUUCUCUGACGGUGACGGCGACAACGACAGCAUCAACAGCACUUCAAACUCCACCGACACCAUCAACUGCAGCUCAGAGUCGUCAUCGCGGGACAGCGUGAGGGAGCAGAUGCUUAGCAAGCAGACGUAUCACAAGGAGACGCGCAACAGCUGGGACUCGCCUGCCUUCAGCAACGACGUCAUCCGCAAACGCCACUACCGCAUUGGCCUCAACCUCUUCAACAAAAAGCCAGAGAAAGGUAUUCAAUACCUGACUGAGAGAGGUUUUGUUCCGGACACACCUGUGGGCGUGGCCCACUUCCUGCUUCAGAGGAAGGGGCUGAGCCGCCAGAUGAUUGGCGAAUUCCUAGGCAACCGGCAGAAACAGUUCAACAGGGAUGUAUUAGACUGUGUGGUGGAUGAGAUGGAUUUCUCAGGGAUGGAGCUGGAUGAAGCUCUCAGGAAAUUCCAGGCACACAUUCGUGUCCAAGGAGAAGCCCAGAAGGUGGAACGGCUAAUUGAGGCUUUCAGCCAGCGCUACUGCAUCUGCAACCCAGGCGUGGUACGGCAGUUCCGAAACCCAGACACCAUCUUCAUCCUGGCUUUCGCCAUCAUCCUUCUCAACACAGACAUGUACAGCCCCAACGUGAAGCCUGAGCGUAAGAUGAAGCUGGAGGACUUUGUGAAGAACCUGCGAGGCGUUGAUGAUGGCGAGGACAUUCCUCGUGAGAUGCUGAUUGGCAUAUAUGAGCGUAUUCGGCAGAAGGAGCUGAAGACCAAUGAGGACCAUGUGUCUCAGGUUCAGAAGGUGGAGAAACUGAUUGUGGGAAAGAAGCCAAUCGGCUCUCUUCAUCAUGGCUUAGGAUGUGUGCUCUCCCUACCCCAUCGUAGGCUGGUGUGUUACUGUCGUUUAUUUGAAGUGCCAGACCCCAACAAACUACAGAAGCUAGGCCUGCAUCAGCGGGAGAUCUUCCUCUUCAACGACCUCUUGGUGGUAACCAAGAUUUUUCAGAAGAAGAAGAACUCUGUGACGUACAGCCUGAGACAGUCCUUCUCCCUGUACGGCAUGCAGGUGCUGCUCUUUGAGAACCAGUAUUACCCCAAUGGAAUACGGCUCACUUCAGCCAUCCCAGGAUCUGACAUCAGGGUCCUGAUCAGCUUCAAUGCUCCCAAUCCCCAGGACCGGAAGAAGUUCACUGACGACCUGCGGGAGUCCAUUGCUGAGGUUCAGGAAAUGGAAAAGUACCGGAUAGAGUCUGAGCUGGAGAAGCAGAAAGGUGUAGUAAGACCCAGCAUGUCCCAGAGCAUGUCAGGCCUGAAGAAAGAGGCUGGCAACGGGACCAUGAGUCGCGCCAGCCUGGAUGACUCCUAUGCCAUGGGGGAGGGGCUAAAGAGGAGCGCGCUCAGUAGCUCCCUGCGGGACCUGUCUGAAGCAGAAGCAGCUGGGGAAUGCAGAACCAGGCCUGGUUGGGCUUCAGCUCCAGCCUCCCGUGAACCCGUUGGACGGGACUGGACAGACGUAGGAGACCUGCUUGAACUGAGCAGUGUGGUUGACGAGUUACUGAGCCUCACAUUUGCAGAAGUGAAGGUGGUGGAGUGAGUGAAGGUGCAGCGGCUGACAGGUAGCUAAUGUCCUAUACAGGAGAGCAAACUGUGAGCAGCACGGCGGAGAGUCUUUGUGAAGUUGGUUGUGUUCCCCCCAGGUCCCUCAGUACUGGGAUCAGCUUUUUCUUUAAAUCUUAUACAACCCCCCCCCAAAAAAAAAAAAAAGUUUGGGAAUGUACUAGUAUUUUACUAAUACCAACUAAGCUUACUUUUAAACUCUGAUUCUUGUGUGGUAAAGUGUACUAAAGGUGGGUUAAGUAGUUGAUGUUUGUUCUGCACAUUUUCUGUGGAGUUUUGCUCAAUAUGUAAGAGGGCCAGUGACUGAAGUAUUUUUCAUUUCCUUCAUAUGUGCAAUAUAUUUGUAAUGAGUUUGUGAAGAAUCCUUUUCUUUCAUGCUGAGCGAAAGCUAUUUUUUUCCACAAUUACAAAUACAUUAUUUUAGUGGCUUAUAUAAGUGGCACCGUAAUGCAGUGAACCACUAGCUUGAAAUUUAGUGGAAUGUCAAGUGUUUGUGUGUCCUGUCUUUUGUCCUGUGAUUUCAUUCUUAGAUAUCUUUCCCCCAGUAGAAAUCAGUGUUACCCUGGCAAUGAAGUGCAAUCAUUGAUAAUAGGGCAGCAGCUGUUACUCCUUCAAGAUAUUCAGGUGAAUGUUCCAAUUAUGCAAAUAUCUUUUCCUUCCAGAUAAAGUACAAUGAAGAGUGCAUUUAGGAAGGUGACAUGGAUGUAUGGUGGUUUCUGCAGAAGCACACAGAGCCCAUUGCUUAAUGCACUAUCAUGAUGCAUUGUGGGUAAUCAGGUGGGACAGCUAAAAGACACUUCAGCACUGCCUGGCUUUUAAUAUGGAGCAGUGUUCUUCAGGCAGCACUUUGGAUGAUGUUUGUUCAGAGGUUCACGUCUAGUUCCCCGAUCCAAGAAUCCACAUGCUGCUCCUCAUGUCUGAUGCUUCUGGCUCUUGUGCAGUAUCCAUUAUAUUGUUUUAGACAACAUAUGAAGUAUAUCCAUAUAUUACAUAAUUCAUAUAUCUUUCUAUUCUUUCUAAUGUUUAAACAUGUCUUUAAGGAAAUGAUAUUGAGGGGGAAAAAAGACAAAUCUGUUCUACUUAUUUUUGACUUUUUUUUUGUCAUGGAUCCCAAACCCAGAAAAUCAUAUCCCAACUAAGCACUGCGCGGGCCCAAAGCAUCGCGUUCACUGUGAGCUGAAGGACCCUCAGCCUGGAACACUUUAGUUUUUUCUUUAAUCCUUUAUCUGUACCCUUGAUAUGGACCUGUUGUUGCUGUUUAGUGCUGCAUUGUGUUUUACUGAAGUGAGGCAUGCAGUCCCUUUUUCCAUGUCCAUUGUUAAAAAAAAAAAAAAAAAAAAAAAAGUGAGAAAAGAGAGCAGGGUAGAAAGAAGUAACAAAGGAGUCCAACUAUUGCACAGCAGUCUAUCUGAGGACUUCAUAUUGUGUAAAUAAGAAGUCUAAUCAUUUGAAUUGUCUAAGUAGCUGAAGUAACCAUGUGUAACAAUAUCAGUCUAUCAGAGGACCAAGUGGGGGAUAUCUGCUUGUACAUAGUGUGCAUAGUAUAAUUCCUCAUAAUGUAGCGUCCUUGUUUAUAUCUGGAGGGUGUGUUCCCAUCUCAGCUGAGGCGGAUGGAGAUGUACAGUUUGGCUCAUGUCUGCUUUGCUCCAUACAGAGCUAUGAUGCUGUACAUUUAAAACAGACUGUUGAGAAAGUUCACUGUCUCUCAUUUUGGCCCACCAGACCACUGCUGUCCUUACGAUCGUGUCUGAGAAGGGGAAGAUUUGGGAAAGAGAAUGCUUUCAUUUUGAUAUGCAGUCUUUAAGUGCUUAAGAUCUGAUCAGUGUAAAACUUCAGCUGUGACAAUGUUGAGAAAUAAAACUAAAAUAAACACACUAAAGAGUGAAACACAA